AUGGAAUUAUUGAUGUCACCAUAUAAAUAUGAUACAGGUGGUGGUAUAAGAAUAAUUAAUUAAAAGUUUCAUUUCCUUUAAUUGGUAGAUUGAUAGCUCAAGUAGCAGUUCCAUAUUUUGUAAAUAAGUAUCAAGUAUAGAAAAUUUUUUGUUCGUUUUUGUAAUGCCUAUAUUAUCUGUAAUUAUAGAUGUGGGAUGAUUUGAUAUCUCCAAUAGAGCCAUCAUUUGCAGUUGGUGCCUUUUAUAUGGUAAGUAUGUUAUUUUUUGUUGUUUUCUCACAUAUUUUACCAUUCAUAACUGGAAAGAAUGUACGCAAAUAUUUUCUCAACAGUUAUGAUGAUAAUUGGAUUUUGAUGUUGUUAUUUUUAAAAAUUGAUGAUUAAUAUUAUGUCUUAAUUUAGUAAAGGAUAAAGGUUCAUUAGCACACCCCAAAUCAAAGAGUGAAUCUGUUCUUAAAGAAGAAUGUCCUUCUGUUGUGUAUAGAGGAACUUCGUCAAAAAUGAGUUUAUCUCAUCAAAAAGGAUCGAUGUUUAGUGUGCUUUAUUGUAGUGUCUUUAGUGUUCACAUAAAAAUAUCAGUAUAGUAGGAGAUGUUCCAUUAACCAGCAGAACAGGCAGAAGAACUUUUUGAUUAAGAUUAGCAAUAAUGA